GUGAGCGUAGGUCACUGAAUCUCUACAGAAGGUAUCACCCUGUCUCCUUAGCACAGCCAAUGAGCUGCAAGGGAGGGGUCAAUUGACUUUACAACAGAACUUUCAGCCUGCAAGACGACAUAUCCAGAGAGGUCGUUUGAAGAGAAGCAACAACCUUCCGACAAUCAAGCACUGAGUAUCCAAUCACUGGUUGUUCCUCAAAUUCUUUCUCUGUGGUUGGGAGAAAGAAUGCUCUUCUCAUUGGCAUUGCUGCUCCUGCUAGUGCUGCCAAUCUCAGCAGAAGAACCGGAGGUGAUUUUUGCACAGGUGGGAGGCUCUGUAACACUUCCCAGGAAAGCAUGGAGCUCAAAAACCGAACUAUAUGUCCACUGGUACUUUGGUACUGAUGAGCAGCCAUUGAUACUGAGGACCCCUCAUAUUCCUCUCAAAAAAGGAUCACAAAAGUAUUGGCAGGACAGACUGUCUUUCUCCUCAGACCUUUCUCUUUUUAUUUCACCCGUUUUGGACAAUGACUUUGGACUCUUCAGAUGUCAACAGCAUGAAUACUUAACCAUCAAGGAGACCAAGUACCAACUGUACCGUGUGAUAGUACCCACUAUGGUGUCUCUGCUUGUGGGUGACGCACUCUCUCUGACCUGCGAAGUGGAACCUAAUCCUGUUCACCCCAGUGUAAAAUGGCUUCGGCCCCGUGGUUCAAAUUAUUUCACUAAAUCAAGCAAGAAUAAACACACAAUAAAUGUGAGUUCCAUCUCUAACAACCACAGUGGAGACUGGAUAUGUACAGUAGAACAUAAAAACCAAAUGUUUAAUGCCACAACGUCCGUCAAAAUCAUAGAUCUCUCCCCCUCUCCACCAGACCCCAUCUACACCGCUGUCAACUCCUCUCCUCCUUCUAUGCCUUGUUCCUUGUCUUCAGACAUUUCCUGGCCAGUGUUGAAUGGCAGUGGCUUGCAGGGAGGAAGCUGGAGCUUCACCCCACUCAACUCCUCCAGUCUCAGGCCCCUCCUCACGUUAAAUCUCAGUUCCCCAGCCUGGAGGGACUCAAAUGGUGAGAAGGGCUUUCUUCAGGAGAAGGUGCUGAAAGAGCGUGACCUGGCAGUGAAGAGUUCACAGGUGUCUGUAAAGAACAGGGGGACCUACACGUGCAGCUUGCAGUUUAAGGGUGGCAGAACGUUGAGCAGGAAGGUGCAGCUGGAGGUGCUAGAAGUACGCUCCUCAAAUUCCUCAACAAGUGAGGGUAGUACAGUGAACCUGACCUGCACUUUGGGCCAGCCACUGCCUCCUGGUCUAGAAGUGAAUUGGAUACCCCCAAAAACUGCAUCUCGGCUCUUCCUCAAGAUCCAUCCUGAUUCCCUGUCCCUCCCUUCAGUGACCGUCCAAGACAGUGGAGAGUGGAAAUGUGAACUAAGGAAGAAAAAAACAGUUCUUACGUCUGCUGUGAUGGCUUUGACAAUUGAGAAAGCUCCUGUGGAUGCUUGGCUGUUUGUGGCCGUCGGUGGUGCUGCUUUCAUCUUCGUCUUGGUCCCCGUCCUCAUCCUCAUCAUCAUUCAUAGACGUAGACAGAAUGUAAAAAAGAGACAACGAAAGGCAAGAUUCUGCUGUUGCAAGAAUCCCCAGGCCAAAGGUUUCUACAAGACCUGAGAGAAGCCUCCGUCCAUAACUGAGCUGGUCUGCUGUGACACAAAUGAAGCUGAACAGGUUGGAAUGAUACGAAGAUUGCUUCUACAAACAAGUUUUUCAUUGGGGAUUUUGUAAAUAUCAGCUAAGAGAAGAGACCUUGAUCAAAACACGUUGAGAAAGUACAUUUGUUAGGAGUUACAUCCUUGAGGAUAUAACUACAAAAACUAAAUACAACAUAGUUGUACAUUUAGUCACAACAGGACUCCUGAAAUGCAGGGUGUUAAAACAUAUUUUUGAAAAUACAUGCACCACCCUUUUUGCUAAAAACAUUUAUUAAAUAGAAGCACUGCAUAAUGCUUAGAUAUUACAGCCCAUCUAUGUGCAGACACAACUUGUGUUAGUCACACAACCUUUUAUUCAUAGUCAGUUUGAGACUCAGCAUUGACUCUGAUACAUGUGAAAAUACCAGCAACACUGCUGUGCCUGAAAAAAACAUUCCAAUACAACAUCCACUACCAUGUCAUGGUCCCUGCUGUUUUGAGCAUAGUUUGCCACCCAAAUAACACUUGGUCAGCAAUAGUUAUGUGGCCGAAGCUGUCCAGGGAAGAACUGUAUAGUUCACAAAUUGUGCAUGGUAACUCUUUUGCUACAGUCUGUAACUGGACCAAGUAAAUGCACAUGUAACAUAAGACAAUUCAAGAAUGUGGCCAGUCAGUACAGAAGCAAAAGUAGCUUAGGUGUUUCUAAUUAAGUGGGUGGUGAGUAUAUAAUUUUAUAUGCAGGUAAUGAGCCUGUUCAUACAACAUUUUUUUUUAAUUAAGUAAACGGGCCAAUGGUUAUUUUUUGUAUAUUUCUCACGCUUACAUUUGCACACUAUAGAAGUUGUUCUGUGAAUUUUUGCUUCUAUUUUGUCUGCUCAUUGAAUAACAAUAUGCAUAAGAAAUAAACCUCUUAUUUUUACUAGAAACCAUGGUUUUAGAACGUAUCCCUAGAUAUUCCAGCAUUAAAGUAAGGAACAUUUCAAAGCAGUAUUCAACAGUGAGAUGACAACGAAACCGCUUGAUCCAACAGUGUAAUAUGAAAGCCCUGGGGGGCAAAGUUAAAAAAAAGUGAAGUGUGCUCUGGAGUCAAAGUUCUCCCAAAAUAUUAUUCUAGUUGCCCCAAAUGGUUACAAUUGUGAUUGCGCGCGCGUGUGCAUGCUGUUAGCUAUUAGUUCCUCUGUGAAAAAAAAGAUUGCAACUUACUUUUCCAGGGCGAUUUGUGAAAAAGCAUUUUCACAGAGGAGCUAAUGGCUAAGAGUUAGCAUACUAUACCCGUUUCGACCACGAAGUUAGGAGUUUUUUUUUAAUGUGUUCUAGCUCCCCCACGGAAGCCCUGAAUGGUAAUGUAAAACUCUGGAGCCAAAAGUUAUUUUUUACAUUAUCCUUAGUGGCAGCUAGAGUAGGGAGAAAAAAAAAUACAGGCGAACUUUAACUCCAGAGAACACUUAAUUUUUAAUUUAUUUUUACAUUGCCCUUUAGGACUUCCAUAGGGGAGCUAGAACACAAAUAAAUUUGAUGGAGAAAAAAAAAUCUUGGAGAACUUUGACUACAGAAUUUUUUUUUCUUCACUCCAGAGAUCAAUUAAUUUCUUUUUACAUUACCCUUCAGGGUUUCUGCCCCUGUUAUCUCUGACAGGGGCAGUUGAGCACAAUUGGCUGGGAUUGCAUAAGUAAACGACUAUCAAGGAGCCCAGUGUAGCUGGUAACGUCGGAGGAUAUCUCAGGCUUAAAUUAAUUUGUUAAGGCAGAUGUAAAGUUGAACGGAUCUCAUAAAUAUGCUUGUGAUGAAUACGUCACACACGCAUAUAAUUUGUUCACUGAAGCUUUUUACUGACAUCUAGUGGUGUAGCUAGGAAUAGACUGUUAAGAAAGACCGGAC